GCUUGUUUGUCCUGGGAAACUCCUCGGGGACGAAGGCGGCCGAGCUGGGGGGCCCGUGGACACCCCGCCCCACGCCUGUGCCCCCCCAGGAACCGGGGGGCUCCCCCCGCCGCCCCACGGCCAGCCAUGCUGCAAAGGGUCCAGUCCGUGCUGCGAAACGUCCAGGACAGGCUGGUGCCCGGGCCCAGCGGCGACCCCCCCGGCGGGAAGCGUCCGGAGGACGGGGGGCUCCUGGCCCGCUUCUCCCACCCUGAACUCAGGGGCCUCUUUCGCCAGGCGGGGGCCAAGGUCCGGCUGCGAAUGCUGCCCCCCCCCAGGGAUGCGGCUGCCUCCAGCGACCUGGACGGGGCCGACAUCCAGGUGGAGGAGGGAGCCGGGAGGCCGGGGUGCCGGCUGCCCCAACCACAGCGGGUUUGCUAUCAGAGGCUGAGACCCUUGGUCCGGGGGUCCCAGAGCGGCACUCACCUCCCCCCCGUUCCCCAGCGUCUGUCGGCCCCCCAGGACCCCCCUAGCUACUCGGUGGAGCUGCUGCGCGGCCCCCUUGGCUUCGGGUUCAGCCUGCGGGGAGGCAGCGAAUACAACAUGGACAUCUAUGUGCUGGGGCUGCUGGAGGGGGGGCCGGCCCAGCAGAGCGGCAAGAUACAGGUGAGCGACCAGCUGGUGGAGAUCAAUGGGGAGCCCACGCUGGGCAUGACGCACGCCCGGGCCGUGGAGCAGAUCCGCCGGGGGGGCAGCCGCAUCCGCCUGGUGCUCAGGAAAGGCGACGGCUUCGUCCCUGACUACGACCGUGAGCACAUCCCCAGCCCCGCCGGGCGGGACCGGAUGCCAGAGGGUGGACCGGCACCACAAGGCUGGAGAGCAGACACGGCCGAGAGGUCUCCACGCUGGGGACGGGACGCCACGUGCUGCCUGGAGGCUUCUCCCAGCAGUGCUGAGCGCGGAUCCCACCGCUACCACCAACGCGGGUCCCGGGACCAUCGGGGCGCAGAGCAGGGCUGGCCAGCAUCGGGGAAGGAGGCGGAGGCCAGGAAGGGAGAGAGCGGGUCCCUCUCCCCCCAGAGGGAGCAGGUCUGGAGGGGCCUCUCGGAACCAGCCCCUGGGCCCUGGCUGGUGCCCAGCAAGGAGCGCCUCUCGCGGGCCCUGAGGGGCGUCUGCAUGGGGGAGGGGGAGGACGACGAAGGGGGCAGCCUGGGGCAGGGCAAAGGCGGGGAGGUGAGAAGGAGGACCUAGUCCAGCCCCGCCCAGCGCAGGAUGUUCUCAGUGCCUGGGAGAGUCCACCCACCCCUCAUCUGGAUGUGCAAUGGUACCUUCCAUUCUCCUCACCACCCCUUCAACCAGGGCCCAGCUAUGUAGUGGUACCCUCCACUCUUGUUCCCCUCCCCAUUUUGACUAAUGGUACUGUCUAAUCUACUCACAGUGGUACCUGCCAUUUCUUCCCCCCCUCCCCCAUCAGCCAUGCCAUGGUAUCCUCCCCUCCU